AUGGCAGCAGGUUGGCAGCAUUCUUCCGCUUCACAGUGCUUAAUUCACACUGUUUCUUCUGAACUAAGCAACAUAUUGGCCUUCCACAACCGUCUCACAGAUGCUCAUUUUGCAUUGGAAGUAGCACUCUGGUCGAUUGUGACGUGCCUCCUCGUCGCGUUGAGACAUUGGAAUGGCUUGUUGUCGAACUUUCUUGAACCAUUCUCCCAAAAGCAACAUUAUCGCAGACAUGAAUCGAAUGUUGGCAAUAUUUUGGAAAAUGCUAGUUUGUGUGGAAAAUAUAACUUGAAAACUGCCGUAUUGAUUUGCGAAAAUAUAAUUUUGCUAUGGACUAUAAGGGGUACUUCACAUAUCACAUCUGAGAAGAAGGCGCUUGGCUACGAGUGUAUAUUUGAGUGUAUCCUCAGGCGGGGUGUUUGCACUGUGUUGUCUGCGAGAUGUUAUAACUUCAAAGAUCUUUAUAUUUCCAACACCAAUGUUGUAGCUUCCAACGAACGUCAAGUGUUCGUUAUUCCGUAG